AUGGCUGCCAGUGUUGGCAUGGCAUCAAGCGGUGGAAAUGGGAGGAAUGUCUCAACAAAUGGUGGGGCAUUCAUUGAUGGUGGUACAAGUUCAGGAGGAGAAGAAUUCGGAGGCAAUCGAGAUAGAAAUGCAACAAUUGAUGUCAAUCAAUUAAGAACAUAUCUUGAAAUGCUCUUGGCUGUGGUAAUGUCAGCUACUGACAAAUCAUUGGCAAAGACAACAGCUUCUUCCUCUUCAACAAAUGUGGCCGCACUAGCCACUCAAGACGACGAUGAUGAUGCAUAUGAAUACCAAUUGGCAUUACGUCCCAGCUAUACCCCUUCAUAUAUUGCAAGUAUUGCCCUUAUCAAACGGGUACCGAUUCUCGAUAUCUCGUCUAACCUCGCCGCUCAACUACAUUUUGUAUCGCUUUUGGGACCUUCAACGGCUUCUGCUCCUUCUGCAAGUACCGAAAAUGCACCUUCCAAUAAUGAGGAAGGAACAACAACCAUACGGGUUAGUCCGUAUGAGGCUUUACACAGUGUGGUUCACAAUGUCAUGUCACCUUGGUUUGAUGCAUAUGUGACCAGCAAAGAAACAUUUGCCGGAAGCAAGAAGGGCAAAGAUGCGGGCGCUGAUGCAAAGAUGGGUAUUCCGAUGACCAAACGGAAAUUUGCUGAAUUGGAAUUGAGUCUUUUGCAUUUACAACAAAACGUUGAAAUACCGGAAAUUCAAUUACGCAUACAUCCCGUCGUACGGGCGACAAUCGAUCGAUGCUUGAGCGCAGGAACAAGGAUCACAGUAGAUGAGAUCAAACCGCCAUCUUUACUGCAAGAUUCGACAUUCUUGAACAAGCUUCAGUCCGACGUGAACACAUGGGUGAAAGAGGUACAGACUGUGACGAAACUUGAUCGUGAUGUGGCAGCGGGAACGGCGGCGCAAGAAGUCAACUUCUGGCUCUCGAUGGAGAAAGCGCAUGAAGCAAUCGAAGACCAGCUCAAAUCAGCGCCUAUCGUUUUGACAUUGGACAUCCUCAAGCAUGCCAAACGUUUCCACGCCACUGUUUCCUUCUAUGCUGACACAGGGCUUAAAGACUGUGCUGAAAAGAUUCACAACUACAAUUUACUCAUGAAAGACUUCCCCUUGAAUGACCUAUUAUCCGCCACAGAUCUCGACAAAUGUGCAGAUGCAGUGAUUGCCGUAUUUGGUCAUCUCAACAAAAAGCUUCGAAUCAGUCCCUACCCCGUCAAGCGAGCUUUAGGAUUGGUGGAGUCUAUUUCGCGUGACGUGAACGACACAAUGAUCAAAAUUCUUGCGGGAAAACGUUUGAUGUAUCAAGACUUUUCGCAUUUCUGUGACACGUUGGCCGCUUCAAAUGAUGUCUUUCAAGCAUGGGAUGAGAUGACAAAGGACUUCGUCAAUGCUGCUCGUGAAUUGACACGUAAACGUAUGGAAAAGUUUUUGCCGAUCAAAAUCAAUGCAACCGCAUUCAACAAGUUGCGAGAACGUUUGAACUAUAUUGGUGCAUUCCGUAAAACGCACGAACAAUUGCGUGUGAUGGUCAAUUCUGGAACAAUCACAAAGAGCUCAAUCGCAGGCUUGGAGAUGGCAGAAGAAGUGUCAUCGGCAUACGAAUUGGUGAAAAGUGUUGAUGUCUUGGACAUUACAGGAGACGAGGGCGGAGAAAUUUGGUCAGCGGCAGAAGCAGCAUACAAUGAACGUGUUGCUCGAGUAGAGACCUCAUUGAUUUCGCAAUUGAGAGACCUUUUGGGACAAUGCAAAUCGGCUCGUGAAAUGUUGCGUGUCUUGUCACAAUUCAACAGCCUUUUCGUUCGUCCGAAGGUGCGUGGUGCUGUUCAAGAAUACCAACAGCAACUGCUAAUCAGCGUCAAGAGCGACAUUCAAGCCCUGCAAGACAAGUUCAAAGCGCAAUACAGACCUUCUGAAGCCAAUCACAUGUCUCAACUUCGCGAUUUGCCAGAAAUUGCUGGUGCUAUCAUCUGGGCAAGACAGAUUGAGCGACAACUGAACAUCUAUAUGAAACGUGUGGAAGAUGUCCUGGGUCGUGGUUGGGAGUUGUACGCAGAUGGACAAAAGCUUGCUAAUGAAGGCGAGGUAUUCAGGCGGAAGCUGGAUACCAAGCCUUUGUUUGAGGGUUGGUUGAAUGACAUCAUGUCACGAAGAGACUUGAACGUCUCGGGAAGAUUGUUUGAAAUCACACGCAAUCGCGCUUCCAAUACGUACCAACUUGCAAUCAACUUUGACCCACAAGUUAUCUCGUUAUUCAAAGAGGUUCGCAAUCUCAUCUGGCUGGGCUUCCAAAUCCCGCAUACCAUCAACAAUCUUGCCAAGGAUGCCAAAAGAGUCUACCCGCAUGCGGUGUCACUGAUGGAAACCGUUCGAACUUACAAUCAAACGUGUGAAGUUGUCAAAAGCAAUCCAGGCGGAAUUGCACGUUUGCUUGCCCAAAUCCAUACCGAAGUUCAGACAUUAGUAGCGCAAGGAAUGUCCCUCAGAUGGGAAAAUUUCGCCAAUACAUACGAAAGUCACCGUAGCGUAGCUGCAACGGCUUAUUUGCCUGGCUCAGGAGGUGCUGAUGCGGCAAGAGAGAACAAGCAAGUUCUUUUCGUUCGACAAUUUGCAAGUUUGGUUGCUUUAUUCCAAGAAAAGACGGAUGAAGUCGUGCAAAUGCAACGUGAAGUCUUUGCUUGGAUUGACGAAUUACACACUUGUCCAUACACUGCUGAAGCUUUCUCACAGCUUCUCCAGAAAGUUCAGGCUACUAUCGAUCGUUUAAACUUGGAAGGAUAUCCUAAUUUGGAAGAAUGGGUGACCGAGGUCAAUGCACGGAUCGAAGAUGCAUUUGAGGUACGACUCAAAUCAAUUACCUCUGCAUGGUGUGAUGCAUUUGUUGGUGCAGCAAACACCACAUCAGGACGCAGACAAGACUCCAACGUUGUUGCCAAGCAAAACGAAGAACGAGAUCGAAUCAAACUUCCGCCAACGUUGCACGAGAUCCGCAUCCAAAAUCAAGUGAUUUACGUGGACCCUCCGAUCGAGCAUGCACGAGCACAUUGGUUCAAAGCAUUGCAUGAGACAUGGGGAACGGUUUGUUGUCUUCGUCGUGUUCAAAGUGCACGUUAUGAGAUCGAAUAUCAAAUGAGACGUAAUACAAAGGUGAAAGAAGCCGAUCAAACGUAUGUCUCGCUUUUGGCCCGCUUUUCUGCUGAAAAGAGCGGUGGUGAUGCCGAUAUUCUAGCGAAACCUUUCGCUCUCAUCGAAGCAAAGAUUUCUGAAUUAUCCAGAUACGUUGCAAAAUGGUUGCAAUUCCAAUCCUUGUGGGAUUUGGAAGCUGAUCAUGUUUAUGCACGUCUAGGAGAUUCGUUGGCGAAAUGGCAACAAUUGCUUUCGGAAAUUCGCAAGACUCGUUCCACAUUCGAUAACUCCGACACCAAACGAUCGUUCGGAAUUGUUGUCAUUGAUUACGAACAAGUACAAAGUAAAGUCAAUGCCAAGUAUGACACAUGGCAAAGAGACCUGUUGAGCAAGUUUGGAGCCAAAUUGGGCAACGAGAUGCGUGAGACCUACGCCGCCUUGAGCAAGGCACGUACUGAUUUGGAACACCACUCCAUUGAAGGUACUUCAACAGCUCAAACGGUCACCUUCAUCACAUUCGUGCAAGAUCUCAAAAAGAAGGUCAAGAAAUGGCAGCCACUUAUCGAGCUCUUUUCGGUCGGACAAAAGACUUUAGAGCGACAACGAUACAUGUUUGGUCAAGAUUGGCUGUAUGUUGAUCAAGUGGAAGGUGAAUGGAGUGCUUUUAAUGAGAUCCUCUCACGCAAAAAUGCAGGCAUUCAGGAGCAACUUGCUGGUCUUCAAAUGAAGAUUAUGGCAGAAGAUAAAAUCGUUGCUGAGAGAAUUGUUGCCUUGGUUGCUGAAUGGGAACAAGGCAAACCCAUCUCUGGCGUUCUCAAACCAGAUGCAGCCCUCAACACGAUUGCUUCCUUUGAGACCAGAUUAAACAAAUUGAGCGAGGACAGAGAUCUUGUCAUUCGCGCCAAAGAGUCGAUUGAUCUGGCCUCUUCGACCGAGGAUGCCAGCAACUCUUCCGGAAAUGACCGUUUGGAGCCUGUCGCAGAAGAGUUGCGGGAUUUGAAAGCCGUUUGGACUGCAUUGACAGGAACAUGGAAUCAAUUAAACGAGCUACGUGAAAUGCAAUGGUCAAAUGUACAACCCCGCAAGCUUCGUCAACAAUUGGACGGACUGCUUAAUGCGACAAACAAAGACAUGCCGAGCAGAAUGAGACAGUAUGCUGCGUUUGAGCAUAUCCAAGAGAUCAUUCGAGGAUUCCUCAAGAGCAAUUCUCUUGUCGGUGAUUUGAAAUCGGAUGCAAUGCGCGAACGUCACUGGCGGGCACUCUUCAAGCAAUUGAAAGUGUCAACGCCCUAUACACCUUCCAAUAUGACACUCGGCAUUGUUUGGGAUUUGGAUUUGCGGAGAAACGAACAGCCAAUCAAAGCGGUCAUUUUGCAAGCACAAGGGGAAAUGGCUUUGGAAGAGUAUCUUCGCCAAGUGCGUGAAACAUGGACAAAUUAUACCCUAGACCUUGUCAAUUAUCAGAACAACAAAUGCAAGCUCAUUCGUGGUUGGGAUAACUUGUUCCAAUUGGCAGGAGACCAUCUGAACGCAUUGCGUGCUAUGUCCAUGAGUCCGCAUUACAAAGUGUUUGAAGAAGAGGCAAGCAUCUGGCAAGAUCGUCUCUCAAAAAUUUCGGUUUUGUUUGACACCUGGAUUGAUGUGCAACGACAGUGGGUGUAUCUGGAAGGAAUCUUUACCGGCUCUGCGGAAAUCAGACACAUCCUUCCCGUCGAAAGCUCUCGUUUCAACAACAUCAAUUCUGAAUUCAUGACGGUGAUGAAGAAGGUGUACAAAUCGCCCUUCGUGCUCGAUGUGUUGGCUAUCCCGGGCGUUCAAAAGAGCUUGGAAAGAUUGGCGGAUUUGCUAGGCAAGAUUCAAAAAGCUCUUGGUGAAUACCUUGAACGUGAACGUGCCAUGUUUCCACGUUUCUACUUUGUGGGUGAUGAAGAUUUGCUCGAAAUCAUCGGUAACAGCAAAGAUAUUGUACGAAUCAUGAAGCAUUUCAAGAAAAUGUUUGCCGGUCUGGCAACUGUUACACUUGACGAUAUGGAAAGUCCUUCUCAGCUUUUGGGCAUGGUCAGCAGAGAAGGUGAGGAAGUACCGUUCAAGACGCCAAUCGUGCUUGCACAACAUGCCAAGAUCAACGAAUGGCUGACAAAGAUGGAGGCAGAGAUGCGCAUUACUCUUGCUGCGUUGCUAACGGAAGCUGUUGGUGAACUGGAUGCAUUCUAUCGUGAUGAGAAGGAUCUGGACGGCCAAAAAUUCUUGCAAUGGAUUCAAAAGUAUCCAGCUCAAUUGGUUGUUCUAGCAAUCCAAACAAUCUGGACUCGUAUCGCAGAGAAUGCACUGGAGCACAAGGAGUCUCUUGAAAAAGUGCUCCAAUACACUUUGCGUAGUUUGGAUGUAUUGGCAGACACAGUCUUAUCCGACAUUGAGACAAUACAACGAAGAAAGUGCGAACAUUUGAUCACUGAACUGGUCAAUCAAAGGGAUGUCACACGUUCAAUGAUUGCUGAUCAAGUUAAAGAUACUGGAAAUUUCUCUUGGCUUUCUCAAAUGCGGUUCUAUCUCAACAACACAGCCGAUCCAAACACUGCUCUACGUGUGGAGAUGGCAAAUGCAACCUUCCCCUAUGGAUUUGAGUAUUUGGGCAUCACUUAUAAGCUUGUCACAACACCCUUGACUAGGAGAUGCUACCUUACAUUAACCCAAGCACUACACUACAAGCUUGGUGGUGCGCCAGAAGGGCCAGCUGGAACGGGAAAGACGGAAACAGUCAAAGCAUUGGGCGCUCAAUUAGGCCAAAUGGUCUUGGUGUUCUGCUGUGAUGAAACGUUUGACUUCCAAGCAAUGGGACGAAUCUUUGUCGGUCUAUGUAGAACUGGUGGUUGGGGUUGUUUCGAUGAAUUCAACAGAUUGGAAGAGCGGAUUUUGUCUGCUGUCAGUCAACAAAUUCAAGCAAUCCAAAAUGGUUUGGCUUCCAGUUCCAAUGGCAGCUCGGUAGAAGUGGAAUUAUUGGGCAAGUCUGUCGAAAUUAAUCCACGUACAGCAAUUGCAGUCACUUCCAAUCCAACGUAUGCAGGUCGUUCGAAGUUACCUGACAAUCUCAAGAAGUUAUUCCGUCCCGUUGUGAUGUCGCAACCGGAUCGAGAAAUCAUUGCUCAAGUGCUUCUGUACGCUCAAGGUUUCAGAACAGCAGAAAAGCUUUCCAGUAAGAUUGUUCCGUUCUUCAAUUUGUGUGCAGAACAACUCAGCAAUCAGCCGCACUACGACUUUGGUUUGCGUGCUUUGAAGAGUGUCUUGGUUAGUGCCGGUCAAUUGAAGCGAGAGCAUCUCCUUUCCGGAGAGCAAGACCUGGCAGGAGAAGACCUCAGUGUUUCCGAGCAAGAGAUCCUCAUCCAAAGUGUCUCUGAGACAAUCGUGCCCAAGUUGGUGGCAGAGGAUGUACCAUUAUUGUCAAGUCUUUUGUCGGACGUCUUCCCAGGAAUCGAGUACAAGCCUGUCAAUCUGGACGAACUCAAGAAGCACAUUGAAGCGGUUUGCAAGGAGCGAAACCUCGUGUUUGAAGAAGGCAGCGAAUGGCUGCAAAAGGUGCUGCAAUUGUACCAAAUCCAAAAGAUCAGUCAUGGUUUGAUGAUGGUAGGACCUUCUGGAACAGGUAAAACACAAGCUUGGCAAGUCUUACUCACCGCCCUGGAACGCUUGGAAGGAGUUGAAGGCGUAUCGUAUGUCAUUGACCCGAAAGCAGUGCCUAAAGAGGCUCUUUAUGGUACCUUGGAUCCUACAACUCGGGAAUGGAACGAUGGUCUUUUCACUCAUGUCUUACGCAAAAUUGUCGACAACGUUCGUGGUGAAAGCGCAAAGCGACACUGGAUCAUCUUCGAUGGAGAUGUGGAUCCAGAGUGGGUUGAAAACUUGAACAGUGUCUUGGACGACAACAAGCUUCUCACAUUGCCCAACGGAGAACGUCUUGGGUUGCCACCAAAUGUUCGCAUCAUGUUUGAAGUGGAGCAUCUGCGGUAUGCCACAUUGGCAACUGUCUCUCGUUGUGGUAUGGUGUGGUUCAGCGAAGAAACUGUCCAACCUCAAAUGAUGUUUGCCAACUACUUGGAGACGUUGCGAACUUUACCUUUGUCUGGUGGCGAAGAGGAGGAUCAAACAGCCGCUCUGACAAGGAGACAACAAUCUUCGAGUGUGACUGGUGAAGCAAACUUGGCACCAGGCGUAUUGACGCAGAGAGUGAUUGCCGAUGCUGUUGCACCUUACUUCAUUGAUGAAGUUGCAGGUGUAGGACAAAGCUUGAUCGAAAAAGCACUUCAAUUUGCCGCAUCCAAAUGGCACAUCAUGGACUUCACGCCAGGCCGUGCUUUGAGUACUCUUUUCUCUCUGGUCAACAAAACGGUGAGAAAUGUAUUGGAUUACGAUGCACAACAUCCUGACUUCCCUCUAACCCAAGAGAUCACGCAAAAAUAUGCUACACGCCGACUAUUCGUCGCCAUCGUUUGGUCAUUCACCGGUGAUUCCGAGAUCAGUGUCCGCGGAGAAAUGGGUGAAUUUUUGCGUAAUCAAGCCACCGAUGUUGAACUUCCUUCCUUUGUUGGAGCUGCUGCCGGUAGUCUCAAUGCAAGUGAAUCUCUGAUCGACUUUGAUGUUCAUGUGGGGGAUGCAGAAUGGUUCAAUUGGACUACACGUGUUCCAACAAUUGAAGUUGAAACAAACGCAGUCGCGAGUGCCGAUGUUGUGAUUCCGACGACAGACACAGUUCGACAUGAAGAUGUGUUGUAUUCGUGGCUCAGUGAACACAAGCCAUUGAUGUUAUGUGGACCGCCGGGUAGUGGUAAAACGAUGACUUUGUUCAGUGCUCUUCGCAAACUUCCAGAUCAAGAGGUUGUUGGAUUGAACUUUUCCAGUGCAACUACGCCGGAAUUGAUCUUGAAAACAUUUGAACAAUACUGUGAAUACCGCAAGACACCAAAUGGAGUGGUUUUGGCGCCUGUUCAGAUUGGAAAGUGGAUCGUCUUGUUCUGUGAUGAAAUCAAUUUGCCUUCACUUGACAAGUACGGAACGCAAAGGGUCAUUUCAUUCCUUCGUCAACUUGUCGAGCGCGGUGGAUUCUGGAGAACAUCGGACAAGAGUUGGGUAACACUUGAACGCAUUCAAUUUGUAGGAGCGUGCAAUCCGCCAACCGACCCGGGAAGAGUACCGUUAAGUCAAAGAUUCCUUCGACAUGCUCCGCUGGUCAUGGUAGGCUACCCAGCCGCUCAAUCUUUGAUGCAAAUUUAUGGAACGUUCAAUCGUGCAUUGCUCAAGGUUGCGCCAAACUUGCGUGGAUUUGCUGAUCCUCUUACAGCGGCCAUGGUGGACUUUUUCUUGGAGACGCAAAAACGCUUCACACCUGAUAAGAGUCCAACCUAUGUCUACAGUCCACGUGAGUUGACUCGAUGGAUGCGUGGUAUUUUGGAGAUUUUGAGCAAGUUGGACACAACAGUCACUGUCGAGGGAUUGAUUCGUAUUUGGGCAUAUGAAGCAUUGCGAAUCUUCUCUGAUCGUUUGAUCGAUAUGGAUGAACGACAAUGGACAGAUAAUCUGAUCGCCAACACCGCUUCAAAGCACUUCCCAACAAUGGACCAUGGAGAAGCACUUCAACAACCGAUUGUAUUCAGCAAUUGGCUCUCACGCAAUACUCAAAGUGUGGAUAUGGAAGCAUUGCGAAGCCAUACAUCCGCCCGUCUACGCCAAUACAGUGAAGAAGAAUUGGAUACAAAGCUGGUGUUGUUCGAUAGCGUCUUGGUUCUUGCUACUGCCAUCGAUCGAGUCUUACGUCAACGUCAAGGACACUUGCUUUUGAUCGGAGUUUCUGGAAGUGGAAGGACGACGAUUGCUAGAUUUGUUGCUUGGAUGAAUGGUUUGUCUACAUUUACCAUUGCAACCUCGCGUAAAUACUCCAUGGCCGACUUUGAUGAUGAUUUGCGUGUCGUACUCAAACGUGCAGGUUGUCAAGGUGAAAAGAUUUCUUUUAUCAUUGAUGAAUCGCAAAUCCGUCAACCUGCAUUCUUGGAACGCAUGAACACUUUGUUGGCCAAUAGCGAAGUACCUGGAUUGUUUGAAGGAGAUGAGUAUAGUGCUUUGAUCACUGCUUGCAAAGAAGGAAGUGCAAGGGAUGGAUUGUUGCUUGAUUCAAAUGAUGAAUUGAUGGCUUGGUUCAGUUCGGAAAUCAGCAAGAAUUUGCAUGUCAUCUUCACAAUGAACCCUGUCGGUGAUGGAAUGGGUAGCAGAGCCGCAGCAAGUCCUGCAUUAUUUAACCGUUGUGUUCUUUUGUUCUGCUUCGGUCAAUCAUAG